GUACGUAGCCCUUUAAACGAAGAUUGUGUAUGAAUUUUGAUGAGUCACUCGUCUUGGUUUCUUAACGGGUGAAACCAGAGACUGCAUAGGUGAAACCCACACAACUAAACCUUUGGGGAACCCAACAGAGUGUCAACAGAGUGAGACGUUAUCUCUUUUUCUCUUUUCUUCGAACCGCGGAUCCUUUCCGCUCUGCAGGAAUUCCUAGUGCGCUGUAUGGACUCUAAACACUGGGCGAAGGUCUGCUAACGACAGGUCGCAACAUUUCUAGGCAGGAAUGAAUCUCCCCUACCGCUGAGCUCAAGAUGAGAGAGUGGUGGGUUCAUGUGGGUUUGAUCUGCAUCCCGCUGGUGGCCGUGUACCUGCACAUCCCGCCCCCUCAGCUGUCACCUGCCCUGCAAAAGUGGCAUAGUGCCGGGGAGGUGUUCCAUUUCAGAGGCAGGGAGAUCUUCUACAGAGAUGCCUACGGGGCUUUGGGAAGCUCCGAUGUGGUCAUUCUGCUCCAUGGCUUCCCCACCUCCAGCUUCGACUGGAACAAGAUUUGGGAGCCACUCACACAGCGCUUCCAUCGAGUCAUUGCACUGGACUUCCUGGGCUUUGGCUUCAGUGACAAGCCUCGACCCCACAGGUACUCCAUCUUCGAGCAGGCCAGUGUGGUGGAGGCCCUGGUGGCUCACCUGGGUCUGAGCAACCAGCGAGUGAAUCUGGUGUCCCAUGACUAUGGAGACACUGUGGCCCUGGAGCUGCUCUUCAGGUAUGUGCAUGAUGAAUUGCUGACUGCCCUUCCCUCUCCCUCUUUUUACUCAUCAUGCACCCAAACCAGGACUGACCAAAACCGCACAGGACACCUCAUCAUUAACAGCCUGUGUCUUUCUAAUGGAGGAUUAUUCCCAGAAACACAUUACCCGCGUUUGCUGCAGAAGCUUCUGAAGGACUCAAGUUUUCUGGCUCCAGUUCUGACCCGUCUCACCAACUAUAUGAUCUUCCAAAAAGGGAUUGGAGACGUGUUUGGCCCGUACACGCAGCCCACAGACGCUGAGUUCUGGGACAUGUGGACAGGUUUACGCUACAACGACGGCAACUUAGUGAUGGACAGUAUUCUGCAAUACAUCAACCAGAGAUUAAAACACAGAGAGCGAUGGGUGGGCGUGCUCACUUCCACCUUCGUCCCACUGCACAUGAUCUACGGACCCCUGGACCCAGUCAACCCUCAUCCUCAGUUCAUCCGUCUUUACCAGCAACUGGUCCAGAGGUCGACGGUCACCAUUUUGGAUGAACACAUCAGUCACUAUCCUCAGCUGGAAGAUCCCACUGGCUUCCUCAAUGCGUAUUUCAACUUUAUUCACUCUUUCUGAAGGGAUACCAAAUGCAAAAACCAAUGUUCAUGAAUUAUUUAAUACCCUUAACAAGUGGUUUGGUACUUUAGCAACACUUUGAGGUGAUAAACAGCCACGUGAGGUGCAAUGACUUUCCCUGAUGAAUGCAACUAGAAGUAACGCUGCAUCAGUUUGAGAUUUAUUCACGAGUGAUUGGCUAAUCUACCAGCAUCAAACCCUAAAAUACCAACUACUGCCCUGGAAGACAUCUAAUGUGAGCUAGAAACAUUAUUCAUUGUGCUUAAUGCAACAACUGAAAUCACUAAUCUGAUGGUAGCACUGCUAGUUUAUGCCCCUCUUUCAACAGGAUAGUGAAAGUUAUAGGUUGUGCUAUUAUUGACGUUAUCUGUGGGACAUUGUUCUGAUUCCCUCCAUUUUCUGUUGCUCUUUUGAGUCCUGCAAUCAGCUGCACUCUAAAUGAAGAUGAUUUGAUGAUUUUCUACAUUUCUCUUGAUGUCAAUGAAAAACCUAAAUGUCAACUUUUCUUCAAAUAAAACUAGUUUUGUAUAAAA